UGCUCUGACCGUCGUGCUUUGUGUUGUCGGGCAGAAAGACAGUAUUCAGGGUGGCGCGUGUCCUGAGAAUAGACAGGGACCCAGUUGGCGCGUAGCGUUAAACAAAAGCUAAGUAUUUUCUUAAGUAGCCUGCUACCACUUAUCAUUUACUUCUUUUUUGCACAAUGUCUGUCGGAGUGGAGUCUGGAUUCUCGAGUGAGGAGGUCUUAAACAGCCGCUUCCCGCUCCACCGAGCUUGCAGGGAUGGAGACGUCGGUGCCUUGUGCUCCCUCCUUCAGUGCAUCUCAAACCCGGCUGACCUCUCGGUUGAGGACACUUUCUACGGCUGGACGCCCAUACACUGGGCCGCACAUUUUGGAAAGCUGGAGUGUGUGAUGCGUCUGGUUCAAGUGGGCUGUGGUGUGAACUCUAUUACCUCCAGGUUUGCACAGACGCCCACUCACAUUGCUGCCUUUGGGGGCCACCCUGAGUGUUUGUUAUGGCUACUUCAAGCUGGUGCAGAUAUUAACAGACAGGACUAUGUGGGUGAGACGCCCAUCCACAAGGCUGCUCGAGCGGGCAGUCUGGAGUGUAUCCAUGCUCUCUUGAUUCAGGGAGCGAAAGCUGACAUGAGGAAUGCUGGUGGGCUGACUGCCGCUGACCUGGCCCACGCACAGGGAUUCCAGGAGUGUGCUCAAAUUCUGGCCAAUGCCCUAAACCUCCAGCAAAACGUGGCUCAGUCCCAUAACGGGGCAUUUCUGAAUGGCAUGAGCCAGAAUGGCGGCCAUGCUCUCCCCACCAUCCAGGGACGCAGCUUCUUGAAUGGCGUUCCCAACAGAAAGCGGUCUUUUGAGGGCAUUGAGGCAAACCCUUUGAAGAAGGCCAGACCUAAUGCUUUGUUCAUGGCUCCUGGGUUUCUGAACGGGAAUGGACCACUAGGUGGCACCGAGGAGUCCCAGAUGGAGAGUGUGAACAUGGAGAUGAUGGCGUCUGUGACCUCAGGUGGGCCAGGAAGCUUUGCACUUGGGCAGAAUGGGUUUGCUCCGCUCCUGGGGCCUUUGGAUCAGGACCAGGGGCCACAGGAUAAGUCGAGCCCUGCAACUAAAGAGCUGGAAGUCAUCACUGUGGCAUCGAUGCAGACUCCUUGUCGCUGCACUAAUUCUUAUGCUUACCUGUAAAAGGGCUUGUGUGUGUUUUAAAACACACUUUUAAUACUCCUGGUUUCAGUGUCGAGUUGUUUUGAGUUCUAAACACGUUUGUUUUUGUUUGGUGAGGAGUGAGUGGAUUUGAUACUUUUCCCUGUAACUAAUGGAUGGAUAAAAGUUUUAAGAUGUUUUUUGUAGUUAUAUCUAAAUAUACAUUUAUAUAUUGAAGUUAUCCUUCAAGUUAAACAGGCAGACAUGCAAUUCUUGGCUCAUAAUCGCCAAAAGAUUUUGUUUUGCACAAUUUCAACCAGUGAAUACAGCUCAGAUCAUUAAUUAGUGAUUUUACAAAUCCCAGUGCUUUAAUUAGAGAAACAGUCACCUGAAAAUGUUGUCAUUGUUCUGUUUUUGAGAGAAUUUUCAGAUCGGUUACAGGAUUUACAGAUGAGACUUUUUGACUAAAACUGAUAUAUUCAUGCAGCUCCAUUUAAACGGAUUAUCUUGAACGUAUAACUGAGGGAACAUUUCUAAUUAUUUAAGUACCAGUUUAAAAUCUGUUUGUUUAUAUAAAAAAAAUUAGAGCGAUUAAGCACUUUUCUGCAUAAACGCUGAGAAAAUGCUAAUUGAUGUUAUGCAUUAUCUUAACUUUUUUAUGCCAAAGCAUAUCCCAACAUGAAUGUAGCUCGAAAGGAAGAAAUAAUGGCUUUCUUGUUUGUAGCUGGUGCAUGAGAGUAAGAUUUGUUCAUUUGUUUUUAUUUGUUCUAAAAUUAGGUGGAUGUUUACUGUAUGUGUUAUGGUGUUUUUACUGCAGCUUCUGUGUAUGUACCGUCUAAUCAAAUAUUUGUUUUACAAGCAGUUUUUUAUUAACCUGCUCAAGAAAGACUGCAUAGAUUUUUACUUUAUGCAAAAUGCCUUAUUUCUUGAACUCAGAUUAGCAGUUUAACAAUAUUUUAGGUUAUGUUUCUGCUUUUAAACAUAGUAGGGAAACUUCUGCUUUGUGUUUGUGUAGUACUAUUUCAUGUUAAAGAUGGUUUGUGUGUAUUUUUAAUGGUGGAAGGUGGGUGCUAGUUUAGCUUUGUACUUAACUGUAAAAUCAUUAAAUGUGGAUACAUUUUUAUAAAAA